AAUUUUACAAAUUAAAACCCUUACUGUAUCCGAAACGGUUUGUAUUAAAGUCGCAUUCAACUCACUUCCAAGAAUAGCCAAAUCUGGCCGGAAAACGUAGAGUCGUCCGGGAAGACCGCCGCCAUAGUCCACCAGGUUUUUACUUUUCUUUCUUUCCUGUGUGUGAAGGUGAAAGGUGAGAAAGAUGAAAACAAUUUCUGGAACUUGUGAUUCAUCCAAAGAGAUAUCACUUUCAAAAGCUACCAAAAUUCUCUCCAAAUUUGUCUCCGCCGACAACGGUGCUUCAAAUGUCAUCAAUGCAUAUCUCCGCCGUGCUUCCGAAGCUUUCACCGAGCUCAACCACUUCCACAAGGAUCUUAAACCGUUGCGCUCUCAUAGGAAGAGUCGCAAAAGCCAUACAACAGAUGACACUGGCAGAGUUGUUGGAAAUUCUGUUACGAGUGUUGAUUUGAAAUCCGAAAACGAGUUUGGAAAAAUACCUAAGAAGGAACAAAAUGAAAUUGAAUCUGGUCAUGGAUUCCAUGAAGGAGAGAUGAAGCAGAGAAAACAAAAAAAGGAGAAAAAGAAGGAUAAGAAUGUAGAAGGUGAGAAUGCAAAGGAACAAAAACAAUGUGAAGAGAUUGAAAAAAAGAUAAGUAAUGGUGUGAAGGAUGAGAAUUUAGGGAUAGGUAAUCCUCAGGAGAUAGAAAUUAGGUCAAAAAAGAAACACGAAGCGGCGAGUGAGAAUGUGAAGGGACAAGAACAAGUGAAGGAGAUAGAAAAAAAGAUAAGCAAUGGUGUUGUUGAGGAUGAAAAUGGAGGACUAGUUGGUUCUCGGGAUAUAGAAAUUAGGUCGAAAAAGAGAUACGAAUUGGGGAGUGAGAAUAAAUUGAAUCCUGAAGAGGUGAAGAUGGAGCAAAAGAAGAAGAAGAAGAAGAAGAAGAACGAAGGCGUUGAAGAGAGAAGUGAAGAUAGGUCCGGUGAACAUUCUAAGAAGAGAAUGAAAAUGAAGCAUGAGAGUUAUGCUUAAAUUCAGGUCAUUGUUAAAUUCACUUGAUAGUUGUUAAAUCUUUUAAAAUUUUGUUGAGGAAAUUUUCACUUGCAAGGUUGCUUACAUUGUGGCAUCACUUUUUGUACUAUAGUUUGCUUACAUUGUUUUUGACAUACUAGGGUUAUGCCUAAGGUUAUGUGUUUACUAAAUUCACUUGAUAGUUGUUAAAUCUUUUUGAAAAUUGAUGAUGAAUUUUGACUUGUAAGGUUGCUUACAUUGUGGUCUCACUUUUUGUACUGUCAUAUAGCAUAUAGCAUAUAGCAUAUAGCAUAUAGCAUCAGAGGAACUUUCUUUUUUA